GCAGCGGGAGCCAAUAGCAGCCAAAGGCGCUCAAUGACGUCAACCCAGCGUGUUGAACUGAAGCCAAUGAGACGGCGAGGGGGGCAGUACCCGGAUGCGGAUGUUAUUGACGUUGCAGUCGGAAAAUUGACUCCUGCAGCAUCAGCGGCGAAGAUGGCUGUUGGCCGGAGAAGGGGCUGAGCCGAGCUGGGGUCGUCGCGCUGAAACCGGGUCAUAGGGUCACAGCGCUGGGACAACAGUCGACUGAAGCUAGGUCGGAGGGAUUUGUAUACUUCACAGGACCGGUCAGCCUCACGACCCGGGUCCACUUCGAGCCGAGAGAGUGGAGCUGUGGCGCUGGGAGAGCACCCUAACAGCUGCUGAGAGGGACAGCGCACCUACACUGCCAUUCCGGAGGGGAAUAUGCUAUCGAAAGCCGCAACGGGGACAGAGCAACGGGGUCGUCUACGAAAAAGAGACUGAAAUCGACCUCAGAGGAAACUCGGAGCUCGGAGGCUGUAUAUUCCGUCAGUCCGAAACGAGAACGUAGAUCCGGGACAGAAGGUGUUUUGUCCCGGAUACGGAGAGAAAGAGGAAGGGGGGAGUGUGUGUGUGUGUUUGCGUGGUUUAUUGUCAUUAACAUCGUUCUCUUCGUUCUUGCUGGAUGGUUACAUUGUAGCCGCGGAGUGUAUUGCGAGAGGAAUCCUAACGGUUUUCAGCAGGUGUGGAGAAUUAGGCGUAUCGGGGUUAUCGUCAUACUGUUACUUGGCCGGGGGGUUAAAUGACACAGAGCGUGUUCUGUUCCAGGUGUGCCAGACCCACACAGGGGUUGAUGUCGGUCAGUCCCUUUUAACACAGGUGUCUUGGGCCUGGACUCCACGUCGCCUCCGUGGUUUUGAUAAACGCCUCUCAUUGUUUUUACAAGAUCGGGGAAAGCAAACAUCAUUUGAAAAUAGAACAAAAUGGAGUGAUUAGUGGCUUCUGCAGGGACUAGUCGGAGCCUAGAGUGCGUGUGAAGUCCAGCUGGGACCCCUGCUUACGCCGUACAGACACAUUCCACUCAGGGGCGGGGGCUGUAGAGACCCACACAACUGAAAGUAAAGGGAGAUCAAAUAAGCAGUCCGAUUAAAGAAAAUCUCGACAGGUGCGACAGAAGUCUGGUUGUAUGUGUUUAAGGUCUGGGCGGAAGGGAGCAGUCACAGGGGAACAGUGUGUCUGUCAGUGUGAUCGGCAGUGCGUGUGCGUCGUGGUGUUGAGUGUGUCUGCUUGUUCGUGGGGGAUGGUUCGCCCCUCAAGUGGGCUCUGACAGAGACAGGCAGACAGGCGUGUUACUAUGGAGACCACGCCGGGAACCUGCCCAGUGAGGAUCGCCCUGGUGGUGCUGCUGCUGCUCCUGGGCGCCACCUGCAGGCUGGGGGGUGCCAUGACCAGAGAGGAGAGGCAAAGACUGAGGAACCAGGUGAUCGAGAUGUUUGACCAUGCCUACCAGAACUACAUGGAUCACGCGUACCCCGCCGACGAGUUAAUGCCCCUGACUUGUCGGGGGAGAGUUAGGGGCCUGGAGCCCAGCAGGGGGGAUGUGGACGAUGCUUUGGGCAAGUUCUCUCUCACCCUUAUCGACACUCUGGACACUCUGGUGCUCCUGAACAAGCCGGUGGAGUUCGAGAAGGCUGUGAGGAAGGUGCUGCGUGACGUCAGACUGGACAAUGACAUCGUGGUGUCCGUUUUCGAGACCAACAUCCGAGUUCUGGGGGGCCUGCUGGGGGGCCACUCAAUGGCAGUGAUGCUGAAGGAGCAGGGGACUCAUAUGAGUUGGUACCGUGACGAGUUGCUGGCCAUGGCCAAGGACCUGGGUUUGCGCCUGCUGCCUGCCUUCAACACCUCCAGUGGCCUGCCCUACCCCAGGGUGAACCUGCGCCAUGGCGUGCGAAGUCCCGAGGCGAGGACUGGCACCGAGACAGACACCUGCACGGCCUGCGCUGGCACCAUCAUCCUGGAGUUCGCCGCCCUGAGCCGCUUCACCGGAGACCCUGUGUUUGAGGAGCACGCCCGCAGGGCUCUGGACUUCCUGUGGGAGAAGCGGCAGAGGAAUAGCAACCUGGUGGGCACGACCAUUAACAUCCAUUCCGGGGAGUGGGUCCGAAGGGACAGUGGCGUGGGAGCAGGGAUUGACUCCUAUUACGAAUACCUGCUGAAGGCCUACAUCCUGCUGGGAGACGAGCGCUUCCUGGAGAGAUUCAACACUCACUACGCCUCGAUAAUGAAGUACAUCAGCCAGCCGCCCCUCCUGUUGGACGUUCACAUCCACAAGCCCCUGCUGACUGCCCGCACCUGGAUGGACUCCCUGCUGGCCUUCUUCCCAGGGCUGCAGGUGCUAAAGGGGGAUAUUCGACCCGCUAUAGAGACACAUGAGAUGCUGUACCAGGUCACCAAGAAGCACAACUUCCUGCCCGAGGCGUUCACCACGGAUUUCAGGGUCCACUGGGCUCAGCACCCGCUACGCCCAGAGUUUGCAGAGAGCACCUACUUCCUGUACAAGGCGACAGGAGACCCCUAUUACUUGGAGGUGGGCCGGACUGUGCUGGAGAACCUGAACCGGUUUGCUCGGGUCCCCUGUGGUUUUGCAGCCAUGAAGGACGUCCGGACUGGGAGCCAUGAGGACCGUAUGGAUUCAUUCUUCCUGGCAGAGAUGUUCAAGUACCUGUUCCUUCUGUUUGCUGACCCAGAGGACCUGCCCUUUGAUGUGGAGGAUUACAUCUUCACCACAGAGGCACAUCUGCUGCCCCUGUCCCUGUCUACUGCCAACACUACUUACACACUGGCUGUGUCUAAUCACACGUUAGGGGAGAGUUCACUCUCGGACACGGACGACUCAAAUUUCGACUGGUCCUGCCCCAACACACAGCUGCUGUUCCCUGAUCCCUCCUUCCCGCAGUCCAUCCGCGAGCCGGUCAGGAGCGCCGUGGACAAGAGCUGCCCUCGCCCGGCCCCCCCAAGUGACGGGGGCUCUGCGGGGCGCCCUCCCCUGCGAGCGCGGGACUUCAUGGCCAAUAACCCCGAGCACCUGGAGCUGCUGAAGAGGAUGGGAGUCAGUCUGAUCCACCUGAAGGAUGGGAGAGUGCAGCUGGUGCAGCAUGCCACUCAGGCCUUCAGUGCCGUCGAUGCAGAAGACGGGCUGCGGUUCAUGCAGGAGAUGAUUGAACUGUCCAGCCAGCAGCAGAAGGAGCAGCUGCCCCCCCGUGCCGUGCAGAUAGUCUCCCACCCAUUCUUCGGGAGAGUGGUACUGACCGCUGGGCCCGCGCAGUUUGGAACGGACCUAUCCAAAAGCCACAGGGGGGUGCAGGGGUACGUGGCCCUGUCAGAGCCGUACAGCGGCUGCUCGGAGCUCAGCAACGCCGCAGUGGUGGCCGGGCACAUCGCUCUGCUGCAGCGGGGGCAGUGCAUGUUUGCGGAGAAGGCUCGCAACAUCCAGAAAGCUGGGGCUAUUGGAGGCAUUGUCAUUGAUGACAAUGAGGGCAGCAGCAGUGACACCGCUCCCCUAUUCCAGAUGGCGGGGGAUGGGCGGAGCACCGAUGACAUUACCAUCCCCCUCCUCUUCCUCUUCCAUAAGGAAGGCAACAUCGUGCUGGAGGCCCUGAGAGAGUACAGGGAGGUGGAGGUGCUGCUGAGCGACAGAGCAAGAGACAGAGCGGCCAUAUUUAAAGGGAAAGCCCUCCCCAGCUACAUCUUGGAGAGCAGUGGGGAAUCUGAGCGAACAGAGGAGGAGGACUGCUCUGCGGAGGACAGGGAGACCGUGGCCCCGCCUCAUUCCACAGACACCGACCAAUCAAGUGCAGGCACAGUCGAAGAGCACCAAUCAACAGGGCACGAGGGGGACCAGAGGCAGGAAGCUGAGGGUCAGGGCAGCCAAGAGGCGGACCCUGUCGUGGCUGAGGACUCCAGUAGCCAAUCUAUAGACUCUUUGCUUGCUGACUGGAAGGAGGAUCUUGAAGCCUUUCAGCAGAUGGAGAAGGAUGAGCUCUGACAGCGGCCCUCUCCCCACAUGGUAUGACCCUGACUAGUCCACAGGCGUUUGCUGCAUGUCUCCACUGCACUCCCCAGCUGGGGAGAAGAGGGCAGUGAGCUGGAGUAAAUGGGGAACAUCAAGAGUUUAAGGAGGAACAGAAUCAAUGAAACACACCACAAUUCCAGCACCUCCUUCCUGCUCUUUCCAUGGUGUCCAGGAAUAUUAUUUUUUCUUAUUUCAGGUGGAUUUCAAUUUAGGCCCUGGAAUCGGGAUUAAUUGCAAAUCCUAGUUUGUUUAUUUAAUUAAUCGUAUUGACUUGAACGGUGCACGAUUCUUGGUAUCCAGGGCUCCCUGGUCCUCAGUCCUGAGACUGCAGCUGUAGACAGUCUACCUCUGGAAAUGCAGGCAGGUGGAUAGGACUCCCCCUAGUGGAGCACAUAAACCACUACAACCUUGACUGCUGAAAAGUGGAAGGACCAAUUGCUUUGGGAUAAACUCGGCUGAUCUCACAGAACCCGCUUUCCUGUUCUUGUUAACUCCCCUCACUGAUUUUUUUUUUGUCGCAGAAUGAGCAGUCACCCCAGCCUCUCCCCAGAACGCACUCUGAAACAAUGCGGGGUGAGAAAGGGGACGAGGGGUCAGUCAGAGGCCCCAGGUCCAUAGCAAACCCCAAGUCAAAAUUCAGUAAAACCACACUAGCCUAAAACCAGCAUUCGCAGUGCAAUCGGGGCAAUGAAGGAGAGUUUGGAUAGAUCUUUAAAGUAUUAACUGAAUAAGAUGAACUAAGACGCGCCCUCUCUUGUGUACACACGUUGUGCAACAGUAGUCGGGCCAGCGGCAGAGCUGAGGGUUAGGGAAAGUGCUACGUUUUCUGGCAACAUAAACAUCUUUCCAAAAGAAAGGAAUAAAAAAGCCCUGGCUCAAUCGGUUGAGGUCAGGGAGAAUGUAACCGGGUUCUGUGUAAGAGCUUGAUUGGACCUAUGCUCUGCACGGUGGCGACAGUGCCAUCCUUGGCUCGCUGAAGGUUCUGCUAUUCCACUGCUGGCCAGCAGGGGGCACUGCUGCCCGCUGCUCAGGGAGACUGAGCUCAGGAUGACUGGAGUUCCACCAGUGACGGACUGGAGAAGCCAUGCUAGAAUUAAAACAACAAUAUCAAUAUGACUAUUAAUUAAAUAAAAAUAAUUCCCGAACCCUAA